UCAGGGUGUCCGUGUUAUAAAAAAUAUAUAUAAAUUCUAUAACUCUUGACAGUGUCAAUUAUAAAUAAGCGGUGUUUACUUUGCACACACAGAAUUUGCGAUACUGCUUCGGUAUCUGUGGUUACGGAUCAUAUUGUAUCUAAUUAUAGAGCUAUAUAUAUAUCACGGCCCUGGCACAGCUAUAUACACUUCCCUCCAUAUUUAUUGGCACCCCCGGUUAAGAUGCGUCCUUUAGCUUCUAAACAAUAUUGGACAUUUUUAAAGAAGAAACAUUUAAUUCAAGUGCAUGUCUUCAGUGGAAAACAAUCCCACAUUAUUUAUACAUAUAUAUUUCAAUCAAAAUAAGUGUGCCACAAUUAUUUUCACCCCGGAUGUUAAUACUUUGUACCACCCCCGUUUGCCAACAAAACAGCACCUAAUCUUCUAUAUUGCCUCACAAGACAGGAGAAUACAGAAAGAGGAAUUGUCAACCAUUCCUCUGUUUACAAUCUCUCUAAAUCUUUCAUCGACCUGGGUCCUCUGCUCUGCACUCUCCUCUUUAGCUCACUCCACAGAUUUUCAAUGGGGUUGAAGUGUAGGGACUGAGAUUGCCAUGAAGGAGCUUGAUUCUGUCUCUGGCAAACCCUUUCUACAAUUUCCAGUGUCAGAGUAUUUUGUGCAAUAAAAAAGAAUUUCUUUAAAGGCUUUUCAUACAUCUUAAGUAGGGGAGCCAAUAAUUAAGGGGGGCACUGACCAGUGCAUACGGGUUUUGCAGGUCAUGUUAUACACCUUUACGUCGUUUUUUUUUUUUUUUGUCGUUGGACUUUUAUUGUUGUUGAAGCAGCAGAAUUAAUCUCUUAAAUUAUCGGUCCCGCUAUGCAUUUUCUGAAGUGCUUUUAUCCUCACUAAGGUCAUGGACCUGCUAGAGCCUAUCCCAGCCGUGCAAUUAAUGGACUCACAUGUCAGCACACACUGUAUGGAUAAGGCACGAUUGAACUUUUAGUCGUUCCAUCUAGGACUGGGGAAAAAAGUCAAGUCGACCAAAACAAAUAUGCAUGCCUUAAAACUGUUUUUAAGUGUGUUUAAAACUUUUUUUUUUUUUGCGGCUCCCUGUAUCAAUGUUUGGUCGUGUUCAUGUUUCCACAUAUUUGUAGCUGCAGAAGCUGUCUUCCACCAUCAUUUGUUCAUAGAGAUGAAUAUGCCAAGCGUUUGUGGUUGUUUUAGAUGGAAAAGAGAGAAAAUGUAGUUUUAUGUGUCGCUGAAAAGCUGAGCUGAUGAACCUUUGAGACUUGAACACGGCAACAAACAGGCGGCUGCAAGAUGGACAACUGCUGGAAGUCCCAACAAGACAGCUUUAAAUUCAUAUUUUAAGUGAAUUAACAGUGAACAAACAUAAUCUUCAUCACAGCACGCUCCAUCAAGACUUUACUGGCACCAAGUUUCUUAUCAUUGAAUUGGUACGGCCACUCUGUGCUUGUUAAAGUUAACUUAGCUUAGCAUGGUUUCCCGUCUGUCUCACCGAUAAGCACUGAGCAGGGAUGAAUGUCAAGUGAGGUGAUUGAUUUUGGAAACGUGAAUGGAAAAACAAAUACCAUGCAGGUGAGUGUGACAGUCAGUGACAGCCAAUUGCAUGCCACAUCUAGAUGAGCAAAAAUUGACACUUACGUUCACCGAUUGACCAUUUUUUGGUCCUCAGCUCAGCUAACUAACUCAAAGAAAACUACAGGAGAGCCUGAAAUACAAACUCACGGUCUGUUGAUUGCUAGGCAGACAUGUUCACGACUUGGCCUAUAUCUGAAAAUGGCAACCUUUCUUGUCAUCAGAAUAGACUAGCAGUGUACAGUCAAUGCAUUUCUCAUUUUGUUGCUGUAUUGUUUUUCCCCCCAUUCAAAGCCUUCAUGAAAUGGUUGAUGGUGAGCUAAAGGACAUGGAGCAUUUCUUUUCGACUCCUAUCACGCCAUUCACAGCUUUUGACUCGGAGGCGUAUAAAACCAGUGUUGUGGGUCUUUUCAUGAGACACAUGCUCCUAGCCUAUAACAAGCUUUCCUUUAGUCAAGUGUACAAGUUGUACAAGUCCCUGCAGCAUUACUACCACAGCAAUUACUCCAAGCCCACAGAGGGCCAAGUGGGUUUGAUGUCUCUGGCUGUGGAUGACUUUGAUAUGGAUCUCACCAGCACUGAGGAUGCAGUUGGGGACCGACUCGACAGGGAGGAGGGGGACAACUCUCCAGAAGAGUCGGAAAUUCGGCCUGAAAACACUCCAAACCAAGGUCCCCUGUCACAAAAACAAGCCGAGUACUUUCUUGCGAGACAGGCGUACCAUCUGAAGAACGAUGAGAACAAAGCUUUAAAGCCUGCAUUGCUGCAGGAGGAGGUCAACAACAUGCUCAAGUUUAACCCAGACUUUGCUGAGGCGCACUACUUGAACUAUCUGAACAGCAUCAGAGUACAGGACAUCUACCUUUCCACCCACAGUCUCUUACAUUAUUUCGACCGCCUCAUCUUAUCCGGAAAUGAAGGAAAAAGCAACGGAGAAGAAGGCUACAGCAGAAAUCUUCGCUACGCCACUCUAAACUUGGCGAGCCUUCACUGUCGCUUUGGGCACUACCUGCAGGCUGGUCUGGUUCUGCAGGAGGCCAUGCGCAUCGCCCAAGAGUCCAACGAUCAUGUCUGCUUGCAGCACUGUUUGAGUUGGCUCUAUACACUGGAACAGAUGAAGGGAUGCGACAGCACCGUUUUGACUGAAGAUUCUGUUAAAAUGGCUGUUCAUUUCUGCCUGCCGUACCUUGCAUCGCUUGGCAUCCAGUCAUUGGUCCAGCAGGGCACAAGACAGGGCAAAACGGCACACAAGCUGAUGGAUGCGCUUAAGGACACGGACGUCCUGCACUGGAAGCACAGCCUGUCGGAGCUGAUCGAGAUCAGCUUGGCUCAGACUACAUCCAUAUGGAGGAUGUACGGCAAAAGCACCAUGGCUCUGCAGCAGGCCCAACUGCUCCUCCACAUGAGCAGCUUGGAACCGGUCAAUUAUGGGGUCCAGCAGAACAACACGGAGGCCUUUGCCGUGGCUCUCUGCCAUCUGGCUGAAUUGCAUGCUGAGCAGGGCCUCUUCGCUGCCGUUUCAGACAUCCUCCAGCAUCUGAAAGAUCAGUUUCCUGCUCGCACACAGCACUCCAAGCUCUGGAUGCUGUGUGAUCUAAAAAUCCAGUUUCAGAGGCACAUGAUUGAGGGGCAAUACAAUUUGGCAGAGCAACUGGUCCCUUCCAUUUCUGCUUUAAACAAAACAGAGGGCCUCUACAGGAAAGUACAAGUUUUAAAAGUUCUCCAUCGAACCACUGAGGCCUACAGCAUCUUGCAGCGACUGCAAGUGCACUGCGAGAAGACCAAAUGCACAGAGAUGAUCAUCAGAGUGAUGCUUUCCACGGCUGAGCUCCACUGGGAAUCCUCCGGCUUUUCCACAGCCCUUCCUCUCCUUUUCCAAGCCUUGGCUCUGGCCCGACAGCACCACCUUCAGUCGCUGGCCUCAGAGACCCUCCUUCACCUGACCUUCACACAGUUGAUGUUGGGCGUACCUGAGCAGGCACUUCUUGUCCUGCAUGAAGCCAUUGAGCCUGUUCUAGCCCAUGGAGCGCUAGUGGACAAAGGGCGUGCCCUGCUGCUGGCAGCGCGCUGUCAGAUGGCUGUUGCUGGAUUCAGGCCAAAUAGACAAGGGCAAACAGCAGAUUUGCAUGUUGUGGUUUCGGCGGUGGACAUGUUAAGUGAGGCUGCAGUUUAUUUCUCCAAGCUGAACUGCAAGGAGCAUCUGCGGGAGGUCCACUACCUGCAGGCUCAGCUCUACCAUUCUCUGGGACAAACGUCACAACGCAACAAAAGUGCCAUGCUCUUUCGCCUGUUGGACCAGGACCUGCAAUCACCGGCACUGCCGCUCUCAAUGCGCCUCUAACUUUCUUUGAGCAAAUAAGAAGACUGAACCAGCCACUAGAUGGCAGUAAGGCCCUAUUCUUCUUGGUUCUGCUCCCAGCCCCUUGACCUUGAACAGUAUUGAUACUGUACCAACAAGAGAAGAAUGUGAAUCGCAUGCUGUUCCUGCAUCAACUAAAUGCACUCAGCACUGUGAGUUUUGCGUAGAACCAAAGUAUACCUUCCUCCUCCACUUCUAAAACAACAAUUUUGGAUGGUGUUCAAGUCGCCUCCAGGUUGGAAUGAUGACACAUUGCUCAAUAUAACAUGGUUUCAUUGCUUGUGCCACAACAGUGAGCCCAGGUGUCAGACACUGCUCGAUAUGGCAAAAGUUUAUCAUGCAUUGUCAUUCCACUGCAGCUUUUUGAUGAAUGGAGGCAAUCUUGCCGUUUCACUGGCCUGGAUAAUAUUCACAGUCUGCCGGGAGAAUACUGAUGAUGAUGAAUCCACAGGAGGAAAUUGUGAUUCCACUUAGAAUGUAGACAUAACUAGCCACUGUCUGGAGUCCACUUAUCUUUGGCACGCUGUUUGAAGAAUGAUAAUGUCUAUCUUCUCUGACUGGACAUUUUCCCCCCUCAAUAUAUAAAUAUGUUAAUAGUUUUGUCAUACUUUGUUCAUGUUCGCCUGCCAUAUAAGAGUUGGCGACAACUAAAAGCUUUUACCAUA